CUCCCCUCCCGUCGUCCUCCUGAUUACUCCCCAUCACGCACGGCCACACCUGCCCUCCAUUCCAUCCAGCACCUAGAAAAAACUAAUCGCAAUUAGUUGACGCAUAAUAUUUUGAGGGAGGAGAAGGGGGGAAUUGACUAGUUGACCAAUCGCGAGUGGCGAUGAUGAUGCAGUUGGGGGCCAGGAGUUUGGUGAGGAGGUUCUCCCGUCUCGCCGCGGCGGGGGCCCCGGCCGAGACGACGUCGGCUGGCGUGCCGCGAAUGCCGGCGUUCGACCACGUCCCGCUGCCCUACGACGGGCCGAGCGCCGCCGACAUCGCCCGCAAGCGCGCCGAGUACCUCAGCCCGUCCCUCUUCCACUUCUACUCCAAGCCUGUACGUCGGUCGGUCGAUGGAUCGAAUGCACGGCGCAUACACAUAGAUAGAUGCGUCUGCGAACGGGUUCCUCGAUCUCUGCGUGCAGAGGUAACCGUUUGCAUUGUUGCGUGUGUGCUGCAGCUGAACAUCGUGGAGGGCAAGAGGCAGUACUUGUACGACGAGCACGGCCGGCGCUACCUGGACGCGUUCGCCGGCAUCGCCACCGUGUGCUGCGGCCACUGCCACCCCGACGUCGUGGACGCGAUCACCAGGCAGGCCAAGCGCCUGCAGCACUCCACCGUGCUCUACCUCAACCACGUCAUCGCCGAUUUCGCCGAGGCGCUGGCAUCCAAGCUGCCCGGCGACCUCAAGGUCGUCUUCUUCACCAACUCCGGCACGGAGGCGAACGAGCUGGCCAUCCUGAUGGCGCGGCUGUACACCGGCUCCCACGACAUCAUCUCCCUCCGCAACUCGUACCACGGCAACGCGGCCGGGACCAUGGGAGCCACCGCGCAGAAGAACUGGAAGUUCAACGUCAUCCAGAGUGGCGUGCACCACGCGGUGAACCCGGACCCCUACAGAGGCGCCUUCGGCUCCGACGCCGAGAAGUACGUGCGGGACGUGCAGGAGAUCAUCGAGUUCGGCACCACCGGCCAGGUCGCCGGCUUCAUAUCCGAGGCCAUCCAGGGCGUGGGCGGAAUCGUGGAGGUGUCGCCGGGCUACCUGCCGCUGGCGUACGACAAGGUCCGGAAGGCCGGCGGGCUCUGCAUCGCCGACGAGGUCCAGGCGGGUUUCGCCCGCGUCGGCAGCCACUUCUGGGGCUUCGAGACCCACGGCGUCGUCCCCGACAUAGUGACCAUGGCAAAGGGCAUCGGCAACGGCAUCCCGCUGGGCGCCGUGGUGACGACGCCGGAGGUCGCGCAGGUGCUGACCCGGCGCUGCUACUUCAACACGUUCGGCGGCAACCCGCUGUGCACCGCCGGCGGGCUCGCCGUCCUCGAGGUGCUCGAGAAGGAGAGGCUCCAGGAGAACGCCUUCGUCGUCGGCUCCUACCUCAAGGACCGCCUCCGCGGUCUCCAGGAGAAGCACGAGAUCAUCGGCGACGUGAGGGGAACGGGUUUCAUGCUCGGCAUCGAGCUGGUCACCGAUCGGCAGCUCAAGACGCCGGCGAAAGAUGAGAUCUGCCACGCCAUGGAACACAUGAAAGAUAUGGGCGUCUUGGUCGGCAAAGGCGGGUUCUAUGGGAACGUCUUCAGGAUCACUCCCCCUCUAUGCUUCACCAAGGAAGAUGCUGGUACGUUAGUAAUAUAUAUAGGAGGUGUUUGUUUGUGAUUACAAUAAGUUAGAUUAUAUGAUCUAGACAGAUUAUAAUCACAAACAAACAGAUUCAUAGACUGCUCGGUGAUAUUCUUAGUACUAUAUAGUACUAGUUUAAUUACCUUUUAACACUGGGUUAAUGGCAUUGAAUCGAAUGAAUCUCUGGGGCGAAUA